AUGUCUGAGCUGCGCUUUGAUAACCAGACCGUCGUUGUGACGGGAGCCGGUGGUGGUCUCGGAAAGGCUUAUGCUCUGUUCUUCGCUUCCAGAGGUGCCAAUGUUGUUGUAAACGACCUGGGUGGUUCCCACGCCGGUGAGGGCAAGUCAUCAAAGGCUGCCGAUGUGGUAGUAGAGGAGAUCAGAGCCGCUGGAGGCAAAGCUGUAGCCAACUACGACAGUGUCGAGAACGGCGAGGCCAUCAUUGAGACCGCCAUCAAGAACUUCGGCCGGAUCGAUGUUCUCAUUAACAACGCUGGUAUCCUUCGCGAUGUCAGCUUCAAGAACAUGAAGGAUCAGGACUGGGAUCUUAUCAACAAGGUCCACACAUAUGGUGCCUACAAGUGUGCAAGAGCUGCUUGGCCCCACUUCCGGAAACAAAAGUAUGGCCGUGUCAUCAACACCGCUUCCGCUGCUGGUCUUUUCGGUAACUUUGGCCAGGCGAACUACUCUGCUGCCAAGCUCGGCCAGGUUGGUUUCACUGAGACCCUCGCGAAGGAGGGUGCCAAGUACAACAUCAUUGCGAACGUCAUUGCGCCCAUCGCUGCGAGCCGUAUGACCGCCACAAUCAUGCCCCCCGAGGUUCUGGAGCUUCUCAAGCCCGAGUGGAUUGUUCCUCUCGUGGCUGUUCUGGUCCACUCGUCGAAUACCACCGAGAGCGGCUCGAUCUUCGAGGUCGGUGGUGGCCAUGUGGCCAAGCUGCGCUGGGAGCGUGCCAAGGGUGCUCUGCUCAAGACCGACGCUUCCCUGACCCCCGGUGCCAUCUCCAGAAAGUGGAACGAUGUCAACGACUUCUCUGAGCCCGAGUAUCCUACCGGCCCCGCCGACUUCAUGUCCCUCCUCGAGAAUGGUCUGAAGACCCCUAGCGCUCAGUCCGGCGAAGAGCCCAACCUGAAGGGCAAGGUUGCCCUCGUCACGGGUGGCGGUGCUGGACUUGGCCGCUCGUACUGUCUUCUGUUCGCUAAACUUGGUGCUACCGUUGUGGUCAACGAUCUUGUCGACCCUGAGCCCGUCGUCCAGGAAAUCAAGAAGAUGGGCGGUACCGCUGUCGGCAACAAGGCUUCCUGCGAGGAUGGUGAGGCAGUUGUUAAGACUGCCAUCGACUCCUUCGGUCGUAUCGAUAUCCUGGUUAACAACGCUGGUAUUCUCCGCGACAAGGCUUUCACCAACAUGAACGAUGAUCUGUGGAACCCUGUCAUCAACGUCCAUCUGCGUGGUACCUACAAGGUGACCAAGGCCGCUUGGCCCCACAUGCUCAAGCAGAAGUACGGUCGUAUCGUCAACACUGCCAGCACCAGCGGUAUCUACGGCAAUUUCGGCCAGGCUAACUACGCUGCUGCGAAACUCGGUAUCCUGGGUUUCUCCCGUGCUCUUGCCGUUGAGGGUGCGAAGUACAACAUCAAGGUCAACACCAUUGCCCCUAACGCCGGUACCAACAUGACUCGCACCAUCAUGCCCGAGGAGAUGGUCCAGGCUUUCAAGCCCGACUUUGUUGCUCCCAUGGUUGCCCUUCUUUGCUCUGAUAUGGCUCCCGAGCCCAGCACCAAGGGACUCUACGAGUGCGGCAGCGGAUGGUUUGCCCGUACCCGCUGGCAGCGCUCUGGCGGUCACGGAUUCCCCGUGGAUGUCAAACUGACCCCCGAGGCUGUUCUCAAGCAAUGGGCGCAGAUUAUCAACUUCGAUGAUGGCCGUGCCGACCAUCCCGAGGACAACCAGUCCGGUACUGAGAAGAUCAUGGCCAACAUGUCCAACCGCAGCGGCGGCGACGGUGGUAACCAGAUCCUGCAGAACAUCGAGAAGGCCAAGCAGGCCACCACUGAUGGCACUGAGUUCGACUACGUUGACCGCGAUGUCAUCCUCUACAACCUCAGUGUUGGCGCUAAGCGCACCGACCUUCCCUUGGUCUACGAGAACAACGAGCACUUCCAGGCCCUGCCCACUUUCGGUGUGGUCCCCUGGUUCAACACUGCCAACCCCUGGAACAUGGACGACAUCGUCUCCAACUUCUCCCCCAUGAUGCUGCUGCACGGUGAGCAGUACAUGGAGGUCCGCAAGUUCCCCAUCCCGACCACCGCCAAGACCUUGACCUACCCCAAGCUCAUCGACGUGAUCGACAAGGGCAAGGCCGCUCUUGUCAUCUCCGGCUACACCACCAAGGAUGCCAAGACCGGUGAGGAGCUCUUCUACAACGAGUCGACCGUCUUCAUCCGUGGCAGCGGUGGUUUCGGUGGCUCGCCCAAGCCUACUGCUGCGCGUUCCAAGGCCGCCACUGCUGCCUACAACCCUCCCAAGCGCCAGCCUGACGCUGUCAUCGAGGAGAAGACCUCCGAGGACCAGGCCGCCCUGUACCGUCUCAACGGUGAUCUCAACCCUCUCCACAUUGACCCCGAGUUCAGCAAGGUCGGCGGCUUCAAGACCCCCAUCCUGCACGGCCUCUGCUCGCUGGGUGUUUCCGGCAAGCAUGUGUUCAGCAAGUUUGGUGCUUUCAAGAACCUGAAGGUCCGCUUUGCUGGUGUCGUGCUGCCCGGUCAGACUCUGAAGACCGAGAUGUGGAAGGAAGGUAACACAGUCAUCUUCCAGACGACUGUUGUAGAGACCGGCAAGCCCGCCAUCCUUGGUGCUGGUGCUGAGCUGCUGGAGGGAGCCAAGGCCAAGUUGUAA